CAGGCCCGGGGCGUGGUUCCAGGAAGGGGGCGUGGCCGCUCCGCAGCCGUGCCCCUCCUCCCCUGUUUCUGGGCGUGGCUUAAGCAGCUGCUCUUGCAUUUCCCGUAUUUUCGCAUUUAGCCCCUUGGAGUUGCCUUCUCCCCUCUCCCCAUGAGCAGCGCCGUUGCUUGGGCUUCUGACACCCCCCUGGGCACUCUCUUCUGCCCCGACCCGGGCCCUCUCGCCAGCCUCCUUCCGCUGGUAUGACAGGCAGAAAUCCAGCUGCACCUGUUGAGUGCCUGCCUCGAUCCCUGCUCUCAGAGUGACUUUUGCAGCGCAUUUCCUUGGGAAUACAUUCAGCUGGAUGCCAUGGGGCUUCCUGGCAGGUUCCGAUCCUGCCUCAGCCGCCUUUUCUGCUGAACUGGGGUAAAUGGAAACAGGGAGCAAGAUGCUGCUUUUCUUUCGGAGAAGGAAGGCUAGCAGCGAAGCCCGUAAACGUCUCGAAUACCAAAUGUGUCUGGCGAAGGAAGCUGGAGCAGACGAUAUCCUUGACAUCUCCAAGUGUGAACUUUCCGAGCUUCCCUAUGGAGCCUUUGCAACCUGCAAAGUGUUGCAGAAGAAGGUGCUGAUUGCUCACACAAACUUUUUGACUUCUCUCAUCCCCAAAUCCUGCAGUCUGUCUAAUCUUGUAACAGUAAAGGUUUUAGAUCUACAUGACAACCAGCUGACCUCUCUCCCCGCUGAUAUUGGGCAAUUGGUUUCUCUUCAGGUUUUGAAUGUAGAAAAGAAUCUUUUGAAAGCCCUUCCAGACUCAACUGGGGAUCUUGCUCAGCUUCAGACACUGAAUUUGAAAGGUAAUGAGCUCAAGAAAUUGCCCUCCACCGUGGGGGGCCUGCGAAGUUUGCGAACUUUGGACAUCAGUGAAAAUUCGGUGCAGGAGUUGCCACAGGCCCUGGCUCACAUCCGAACCCUGGAGGCUCUGUCCCUGGAUGCUUCAGCCAUGAUUUACCCACCCAAUGAGAUCUGCAGCGCUGGCACGGAGGCCAUUCAGAGGUUUCUCUGUGAAAAAUUGGGAAUAGAAUACAACCCCCCCUCCCAGUAUUUACUCCCUGUGUUGGAAAGCGACGGAGGGGAGAUAUUGGCGGACGGGAUCCGGAGGACGGCCGGCAGAUACACAGAAGAUGAGGCCGAGUGGCAGAACAAAUUUCUAGACUAUGAGAAGCGAAAGGAGCAGAAGAUGCAAGAGAAGCUGGAAUUUGAGCGUUGGCUGGACCUGGAACAGAGAGAACAAGUCCACCUGAUGCAUCAGAGCCACGUCCAGAAAGGAGAAUUUCUCCAAAGCAUGAAAGAGGAGCAGAUGAAACUGGAGGAGGGCCUGACCCGCCAUCAGCAACGUCUGGGGGCAGAGCGCCUGAAGCUGCUGGAGCAGCUGAAGCAGAUGGAGCAGGGGGUGGCCGGUAGGAUCCAAAAACUGCUGGAAGAUAAUCAAAGGCAGAAACAGAGCUCCGAGAUCUUGAAAUCCCUAGAGAACGAUCGGAUCCGGAUGGAGCAGUUGAUGGCCAUUACUCAAGAAGAGACGGAGCAGCUGCGCCAGAGGGAAGUGGCCGCGGCCAUGAAACAGAUGUUGUCGGAGACCUACAAGAACAAGCUUCUUCAGGGAGCCUAUGAAUCACGCCGGCAGGACCUCGUCAACCAGACUUGCUCCAGCCUCGCCAAGAUGGAUGAGAAGUUCCAGCAGAUCCUGGCAUGGCAGCAGCUGGAUCAGAACAAAGCUAUCAGCCAGAUCCUGCAGGAGAGUGAGAUGCAGAAGGCAGCCUUUGAAGCCCUUCAGGUGAAGCGAGACCUCAUGCAUUGCCAGAUCAGAAACCAGAUUAAGUUAAUAGAGAGAGAGUUGCUGCAGCUCACCCAGUUGGAGUUAAAGAGGCAGCAGCUGGACACAGAGGCUCUGCAGGAGGCAAUUGUGGAGCAGCGACAGACUUUGAGUUAUCUGCUGCAGCAGCUGCUGAAGGAGAAGAAACAACGAGAAGAGGAGCUGCAAACCAUCUUGAGAGAACUGGAGGCCAAGAGUGAGACCAAGCAGGAAAACUAUUGGCUGAUACAAUACCAACGGCUGCUGGAUCAGAAACCUCUCUCUCUCAGGUUGCAGGAAGAAGGUCUGGAGAGGCAGCUAGUAAAGCUGUUGACGGAGCUCUCGGCAGAGCAGUACGUACCAAUCUUCGCCCAUCAUCGGAUAUCCCUUGAAACGCUCAGCUCCAUGGUCCCGGGCGACCUAGCCAAGAUAGGAAUCACUGAAUCCGGCUUGCAACGUGCCAUCAUCCGAAAAGCUCGGGAGAUACAAGCAGUUGCAGAAACGAUACCAGAACUCUUGAAACCAGCAGAAGUGGUGGAACCUUCUGCUCCCGAGUCCAGGGAAGAGCCCGCCAGCCCUGAAGGCCCAUCAGCUCCACCCCCAGAAGAGCAGCACUGCGAGUGUGUAGUCUGCAUGGAGCUAGAGGCCCAAGUGGUGUUUCUGAACUGCGGUCACGUCUGCUGUUGCCAGAGCUGCUCCGAGGCUCUGCACAGCUGCCCGCUGUGCCGGAAAGAGAUUGUGCAACGGAUCCGACUCUUCCACAGCAGCUAGCCUACUUGAGGAUGGAAGGGAGCAGGUUUUUCCUCUGGGGCAUCCCCUAGAGAAACUUGGAAUUUCAACCCUCAUCACAUUGCUCUUUGCACGCCUAUUUUUUUGUCAUCACUGUGCGCUCGGAAAGAAUAUCUGUGGUUCCCGUACUCACCUCCAGCAAUUAGCUGCAGCCAGCAUGCACACUGGACAAUGGGCAGGAAGCAAGUGUGCACCAUUCUGUUGCACCAGUAGCAUAUUUGAGAGUUUCCUUUUGCUCCGUUGUCCACUGUGUAGGAAGAGUCUUAUUUGUUCAAAACGUCCAGGCAAUCUGGAAGUAACUGGGCUGGGGGGGGUGGGACUCGUGUUUAACUACUGGAAGGAAUUUAGUGCAGGGAUGGUGGUGUGAUCAUGCCAAGAACUAUCAGUAGGGCAAAAAUGUCAGAGAAAAAAGGCUGCCUUUGAACCAUGAAUCUCACAGCCUGGGCCACCAUCAGCCCGCUAGUCCUCUUUGAAAUUAUUGGAAUCCCCCUGCGGGGAUCCUCAUUCUCUGAUCUCCUUUUUCACAUUUGGGAAUUGAAAGGAAGAGCUAUUACUUUUGGGGAGGGGGGGAGAGGAGGGAAGGAAAGCUCUUAGCUCUUCUUCUCUCUUCCCAGAGCAGAGCAGUCCCCUUCAGCCAAAGAUGGCAGCCUGGCAUGACCUCUUCCUGCAGCAGCCAAUUGAACCCGGGGCACGAAAGUAGGGUGGGGAAUUGAAGGAAGGUGCCUGGUUGGGUGAAGGCUGUUCUGCGUGUAGCAAAUAGCUUGGUUAAUUAGUCAGUAAGCGGAUUUGAACUGCCUGGGCACACUCUUCUCCAGAAAGUUGGGCGGGGGCAGGAGCAACAGCAAGGUCAGGAUCCUGCGAGGACUGAAAGCUUCAUUCUCUACCUGCCGCCUCCUGAAAAUCUGCACUUUUUCUUGGACUGAACCACUUAACCUUCGUUCUGGGACGCAGGGAAGGUUGGAAGAGCAGGAAUUAGCCUUUGGGGUAGGGGAAAUGUUCUCUGCCCUCCCCGCCUCUCUGGGGCUGCCCUUGAUGGGACAGUCUAGACGUGACCUUCCUGGCUGGGUGUGCUUUUGAAUCGUUAGCCUUGAGGAGGAUGGAGUUGUCUUCCUCCCCCCCACCCCCAAAACAGGAAGGAAAAAAAAGCCCGUAGGAGCUGCAGGGUGAGGGGCUGAUCCCAGCCCACUGGAGGGGAUUGGGGGAACUCUCUUUCUCUGCCUUAGCCCAGGCUAUUGCAUCAGUCUUCCCAGGGGCAAGGGGGUAGAAUUGUAAAUGGGCGUCUGAGUAUUACAAGUACACCGCUUCUGUCUUGGCGAGGGGGUGCAUGGGGGGCAUAGCUGCUCUGUUGGACUCUCUCUCCAAGGUCUCUGUUCAAACGUGUUCUUUGCUGCAAACCUGACACGCUCUAAGAGUCUGAUGAUCCUCUGCUCUCUCGUCCGUAUCCCCCACUUGUCUCAACCCACGGAGAACCUCUGGCCCUUGUUGUUCCAAACAGAAGCUGGGAGCUCCCAGCUGCUCUCCCCACAUCCUGCAAAUCUGGAAUGCCUGGGAUUCUGUGCGAAAAGCCGUGAAAGAGAAAAGUAACAUCAGAACCCAGUGCACAGCUGGAGCUCUUUCAGAUGAUCCUCAAGCAGUGCCCAGCGCACCUCCUGCAUGUUUCUGUGGUCCCUACGUUGGUCUGUUUGAAAUGUUUUCUGUGUACGCAGCAGGGAAAUAAAACAAAUUCAGAGCUUCAA